CAGCAGAGCGAUCCAGAAGUUGCUGCCACUGAAGUCUGCGCGUGCUUUCAGUCACAAUACUAACUAGCUCUAUGAACAACCGAUGUGUCAACUGCUGCCUGCUUUUUUUGCCACACGCGCAACUCAAGCGCUUUGUUGAUCUGAACUGGAACGCAUCUUCCGCAAAUGUCAAUACGUAACCUCGGACAUGCGCAGUCGGAGUCUCCCCUGCCUCUCCAGCUUCGUCGGGUUAGCUCCAUGCUACUAGCAAGCUAGUAUUUCCUGCCUGUGACUGGAGAGAGCUAUGGACAUCGACGCGCUAUCGGAGGCGUUUCAAGAUUUUGAGAAGACAGGCAAGAAAGAGACCUGUCCUGAACUAGAGCGGUUCUUGUGUCAUGUUGCCAAGACAGGCCAGCCGAUGAUCUCGUGGUCACAGUUCAAAACAUACUUUGUGUUUAAAUUGGAAAAAGUCAUGGACGAUUUCCAUGCUUCAACGCCAGAACAGAGAACGCCACAUAAUCCUAAUGUGGAGUAUGUUCCCUACGAAGAGAUGAAGACGAGGAUCUUAAAAAUAGUGGAUGGUUACAAUGGAAUCCCAUUCACCAUCCAACGUCUGUGUGAACUCCUCACGGACCCCAAGCGCAACUACAUAGGAACAGAUAAGUUUCUCAUGGGUUUAGAGAAGAAUGUAAUGGUGGUCAGCUGUGUGUACCCCACAUCAGAGAAAAAUGGGGCAUCCAGUGUAAACAGAAUGAAUGGAGUGAUGUUUCCUGGUAACUCUUCUCUAUAUUCAGACAGCCGAAAUGUAAAUGGCCCUGACACACCGAAACCGCUCAACAGACCGAAGCUGUCAUUGUCGGCUUCGCUUUCCACCAACGGGCUCCCCGACCGUGCAGUCAGUAAAGAGCCAGAGCCAAUCACAGAGGAGGUGGAGGAGCACCAUAUCGGUGAUUCCUCGCCAGCAGAGGGGGAAAUUACUCCAAACAGCGGGAUAAAGAACAAACACCCUGCGGAGGAAGAGGAGGAGGAGGAGACUGGCAAGCACGAGGUCAAGAGGCUCAAGUUUGACGAAACGGAGUGGGAAGAAAAUGAGUCGUCUUGUCGUAAAGGGCCAGAGAGUUCGCCAGAGACGCCGCGGUCUUCAGAAGCCUCUGGGGGUCGAGAAGACGCAAGUGGAGCGUCUUGUGACUCGAACACGGCUGUCGAGGAUCACGAGCCUAGUUGCACACAGACGGAACCAUCUGAAAGGGAGGAGGACUUGUCUGGGAGGGGGGGUGUCCACGGUCCGGAGAAGGACCGUCCUGUGGAUGAAGCGGAGCAGCCCGCUCCAUCAGAGGGAACACGUUCUGAGGAGGAUAAUGGGGAGAGCAGCAGCAGCAGUGACGGAGAAGGUCUACCCAGCGACAAGCGGGUCCCCUCUUCUGGUAGUUCACAUGACUCGCCAACAGAGGGCGACGCUGACAGUUCAAACAGCACACAGACUGCAAUAGAAACAUGACAAUCUUGAAGCUCACCAAACAGACUUUUUGGUUUUUUUUUACACUGUAUGAAGCCAUGAUAUGGGUAUAUAUCUGUAGCACUGUGGACCUCUGAACUUCAGGACCAGCAGCAAUGUGAACCUCGAGAUCCCUCAAAGAAAUCUUCAAUUUCAACACCUGGUCUAAACUGGAAGGAAAUGAUUUAAAGAUCUUGGAGACUCCCCUUUUUACACUGUCGACUAAAGAAUUUUCUAAUCUCCCCCCCCCCCCCCCCCCCCCCCCCAGAUUUGUAUAUGAAGGUUAUAAUUUAACCUUGAUAACUGAUGUUUUCAGUGAUUUCAUUAUUCUUAAGUCAUUUGGCAUGCAUUUCCAAAAAAAAGAGAUACAUUUGCUAGUUUGAGUUGUGUUUUGGCCCCGAGCGUUAUUGUUUUUACAAUUGUUUGAUCAUUGUGCGUCUCUCCUCCACAUGCCAUUAAGAAUAUGAAGACACUUCGGUUUGCUUUAUGACUUAGCUAAAGUAUUUCCUAUUAACAUUAUAUUGCACUUGUUUGUAUUCAACCCUUGACGGAUGUGGAAUAUGUUACAGUUUUGCUUUGUCACUGUAUAAAGCCAAUAUUAACAAUAUAUGAAGCCAAUAUUAACACACUUUUUUGCCAGUAGUAACCAGUUGGGUUAGAUAUAAUAUUAAUUUGUCUGGAAAGCCAUUUCUUCAUCAAAAUCUGUCCAAAAAAAACCACACACACAGUACUUCUACACUUUCUUUAUGUCAUAUCUCACUUGUACAAAUGUCCCUUUUGAUAGCUUGGAUUUUUACAGUACGCGUCUGUAAAUCAGUUUUUGUAGACUUUGUGAUACAUGUCCACUGCCUUCAUAGAACUGAUAAUAAGCUGGAAACUGAAUGCUUGAGCUUGUAUCAUAGUGUUCAUGGAAAGCAAUAAAUGCAAAAAAAAUUA